UCAGUAUGUAAUCUAUCUUCGGAGGUUAACGUCCAAGUAUCCAUUGACAACAAAUUGUCGACAGAAAAAGUCUGAAUACUUUAUUUUAAAGUACGCGGAAGAAGUUUGCGGAAUAUUCAGCGGAUGUGUUUACGCUGUACUUUUGCCCUCCUGUUCUCAAAGUUAGUUUUGUGACUUAAUUAGACUGAAACCUAAUUCGUGGGAGCUAGUUCCGCCUUGUGCUCCCUGUGGGUCAUGGACAGCAGCGAGGAGUGUCAGGAGUAACCAGGACGCCGGUGGGAAACGCGUCUCCGGGUCUUGACGGUCGGUCCACCUCCACACAGUUAAAGUACUAGAAAAGGUACUAACGGCUGAGUUUUGGACACUGUAAUGGAAAAACCUGAUGAUAAGGUCGACUUGCAACAGAGCACACCAGGGUCUGAAGAAGGAAACUCUGGAGGAGGAGCACCCCCAGCAAAGCGGAAAAGCAAAUUUUCCAUGGGAAAGUUCCUCAAGCCCUUUAGAUUUAAGAAGAAGAAGCCAAGUGAGAAGUUCUCUGAAACAUCUAAAGAAUUGGAAAGAAAGAUUUCUGUCAGAAAAUCUCGCAAUGAGCUGAUUGCUAGAGGAGUUUUAAAAGAGAUCCCUGAAAAUGGGAGCAACAAUGAAAUCCACCUCAAAGAUCCACCAGUUAAAAAUGGGCACCCUGUACAAACAGAUGCCGAUAGGGUGUCAGAAAUGGGAUAUCAAAAGGCUGACAUCAAGGCAAAUCCCAUUAGGUAUUCUCAAGGAGAAGACCGUCGCAUCAGAACACCAUCGGACUCUUUGCUUAUCCGGGCGCCUCUGGAUGUGGACAGAUAUGCAAAGUUGCCCAUGGAUGUAGACAGACGAAGCCGCAUUCCCUUGGACUAUGAUAGAAGAGGGUCUGACCCUCCACAAGAUGAUAGACCCAUUAAAGACAAGAAGAGGGAUGGCCAAGAUGGCCAAGCCAUUCGGGAAAGGAGGGAUCGAGACAACAAGGAGAGGAGGGAUCAAGACGACAGGGAGAGGAGGGAUCGGGAUGACAGGGAAAGGAGGGAUCGGGACGACAGGGACAGGAGGGAUCGUGAUCCGGACGAGAGGGAGAGGCGGGAUCAUAAUCCUGACGAGAGGGAGAGGCGGGAUCGUAAUCCUGACGAGAGGGAGAGGCGGGAUCGUAAUCCUGACGAGAGGGAGAGACGGGAUCGUAAUCCUGACGAGAGGGAGAGACGGGAUCGUAAUCCUGAUGAGAGGGAGAGGAGGGAUCGAGAUGAGAAGGACCGGAGAGAUCAUGAUCGGGACGAGAGGGACAAGAGAGAUCGUGAUCGGGACGAGAGGGGGAGGAAGGACCGCGAUCGGGACGAGAGGAGGGAUCAGGAUGAGAGGAGGGUUUCUGAUCGGGACGAGAUGGAGCGCAGAGAUCGGGACGAAAGGGAGAGGAGGGAUCGGGACGAGAGGGAGAAGAGAGAUCGGAAUAGGGAGGACAAGGAAAAGAGAGAUCGUGAUGAAAGAGAAUGGAGGGAACGGGAGCAGUAUGAAAAGGAAAAGAGAGAGCUUGAUGACAGAGAAAGAAAAGACAACAAAGAGCGAUGGCUUGAGCGUGACAGGAAGGAGAAUAGAGAGGAUAGAAAAGAUGAUAAAGUAAGAGAAGAUAGGGACAGGAAUUAUGCUCAGGUGGAGAGAGGUGAUAUCAGGGACAAACGGGAAGACCGGAUUAAGGAACAGGGAGAUGAACGUGAGAAAAUGGACAGAAUCUUGCCUGUCCCACGUUCAGUCCAUGACAUGGACUUGCGACCUCCAAUGCAGCGAAGCUCCUCAGAUGAUGACAAGAAAACUAUAUUGAACGUUGAACGAAGUUCCACGCUACCCAGAUAUAAACCAGGAGUCGAAUUCCGUGACCGCUCAGAGUCUGUCGGUGUCCGAUUGAUCCCUGACCAUUCCCCGGAGCAAGAUUCCCAAAAACAACUACCUUUACCCAAGCAAGCUUUGGUUCCCCCUAAAUUCCCCACUGGUCAUCUUUCCAAGUCCACCAGUUCGACCCUGUCCUUCUCUUCCUCGUCUUCUACCUCGUCCAGCUGUUCUGUUGAAGCUGCAAUUGUCAAGCCCCCAAGAACUGUCUCUCUCGUAGUAAAUGACCAACUUCAGCUGACUCUUGCUGGUGCUUUGUCAGCAGACUCUGACGCACCUCCCCCUGUUCCACCCCACACAAAGCAGCCCCCUGUCCCUCCCCAUGUCCAGCAGCCCCCUGUCCCUCCCCAUGUCCAGCAGCCCUCUGUCCCUCCCCAUGUCCAACAACCUCCUGUCCCUCCCCAUGUCCAGCAGCCCUCUGUCCCUCCCCAUGUCCAACAACCUCCUGUCACUCCCCAUGUCCAACAACCUCCUGUCCCUCCCCAUGUCCAGCAGCCCCCUGUCCCUCCUCAUGCUCAGCAGUCCCCUGUUGUUUUCAAGCUACCUCCUGUGCCUCCACCUAAACCCACCAACCGCAACAGCAAUCCUCCAGCGCUUGCUUCCUCCCUGAACAGGGCGCCUCAGGUCAGGCAGCCGUGCUCCUGGAGGGGCUCGGGACUUGAGCAGAGCCGGGCCGGCCUCUACCUCUCUCUGCCCGUGUACCUACGCCACAGGGCUGACCGGACCCGCUCAGCUGAGUUCUCUCAGGCCAGCGGCGGCUUGAACACCGUCAUUGCUCCUGCUAAGCGCUCCCCACCAAUCCCACCCAAAAGGACGACCCCCGUCAACAAGCACUACUCUGUAGACCCAUCCCUCCCCACUCAGGUUCCCGAGCCGCCCUCUGUUAACCCCGCAGUGCCCCUUGCCGUCCCUAAAGGUGGAAGCAGUGAGGACAGGACGCCCAUGACUGUCCCCCAGAGGAUGGCGGAGGCCGCGCUCCCGCUGCCCGCCCACAUACCCCCGUCUCCUCCCAGGGUGAAGUUGCUCCGUCCACCUCCCACCUCGUUUGCCGGGGCCGUUCCCGUCAUCCAGACGGACCUCCCCACCCCGACCAUGGAGCUGCCCAGCCAGCCUCCGGCCGUCCCGCUGCACAUCCUGAUCAAGAGAGCUCUGAACAGCCCUGGCGCAGUCCAGCCUAACCCUGAGGGAUCCCAGAGGGCCCACUCACUGCUCUUUGAGCUUCCCCCAGAGGUCCCUGACGACCCUGAAGAGGCGCUGCUGAACUCUCGUCACUCCCUCCCCGUCUUCAUCGAACCUCUGAGGCUACCAGAGGAUGAUGACUUUGACAUGGAGGAAGAGUUGCAGAAGCUGAAAGCUCAGCGGAUCCCCCAGCAGCCGGAGCUGGAACCCCGGAGCAGGAGGGGCCUGAUCGGAGACCCCAGGGUCACAGCUAUACCCGAACAGGGCGGCCACAAGGACGACUCAGACUCCGAUGGGCCCAUCCUCUACAAAGAUGAUGACGAGGAGGAGGAGGAGGACGACGACGAAGAAGGCCCUGCAAGUGGGCUGGCGAGCCGUGUGCAGAGAAAAGACACGCUGGCUCUGAAGCUGGAGAGGCAGGAGAAGUAUGAGCGAGAACAGAGGGAAGGCCAGGAGAACCAGGAGGGGAUGAGCUGGAGCAACAGGGAGCAGUGGGUGGCUGUGAGGAACAAGAUCGGCACCACGCUCACACGGCGGCUGAGUCAGAGACCUACAGCGGAAGAGCUGGAGCAGAGAAACAUUCUUCAAGCCAAGAACGAAACGGAUCGACGGCUGGAGCGAUCCGAGAUCAAACGGAGACUCACCAGAAAGCUGUCUCAGAGGCCCACGGUGGCUGAGCUGCAGGCCAGGAAGAUCCUGCGUUUCCACGAGGACGUGGAGUCCACCCAUGCCGAGGACUACGACCGGAGAGCCGACAAGCCGUGGACCAAACUCACUCCUGCUGACAAGGCCGCCAUCCGCAAGGAGCUCAACGACUUCAAGAGCACAGAGAUGGAGGUCCAUGAAGAAAGCAAGAUCUACACCCGAUACCACCGGCCCUAGCUGCUCACAUCAUCAUGUAAAGCACUUCGGAAGCAGCAGCAGCAGCAGCUUGUCCCAUUUCCUCCUGUAACCUGAAGAUGGCGCCAACGCUACCUGAAGAGUCUCAGGAUGGUGUCGGACUGUGGUGGAGUCUGCAGGAGACGGUGGGCCCGGUGGGCCCGGUGGGCCGGUGGGCAUUGCAAUGGCUCAGUGACUGAACCAGAGAGGGUCCCUCACCAUGAGCCGGUUCUGCCUUAACGCUCCUGAACACUGGUACCAGGCUGAGGCCAAACAUGAGACUGGUUCAGAACCAGCCUCUGAUUGACUGUUUUUGUUAAUCACAAUCCCAUAUCACUAGAUGAUUUUUGAUAAGAGCACCUUAUGCUUCCUAACGGGGUUGAAUGAAAACUUAGCCUUUAAUUCUGUGUUUAUAUUUGAGAUUUUUGAAAGCAGGAAAAUGUACAUAUUUUUCUCUUCCUGUCUGUUUUAUGGUACUUUAUAUAUGCUGCUCUAUAGCGGAUGCAGCUGUAUGGAACAAUAAUGUAGAUUUAAUAAACUUUAUAUUGUAAACUACUGACUGGAAAUGCUGACAUGUUUUAAUUGUUUAGUGUUUCUCUGUUGUCAUUUCUGAGCAUUAAAGGUACGGAUCCUUUUUCUUUUUUUGAUACAGAGCCUGUAAGCUGUGUUGUCUGCAAACACUGAAUAACUGAUCGAUCUGAUUAGAAAAUAAAAAAACAAUGAUUUAUGAA